CGUAGGUGUGUGUUAUUUGUGUGGUUUCAGCAAUGGUGUUCUUUACCAAUGUCCUGCUACCUCUUCUCUUACUCGCCGUCCUCUCCCCUACGCCCGCACUAUCCUACAUCAAUCCCGCUGCUAGGAUAUGGCCAGCUGAUGCCACAGACACUUCUUCUUCUCGCACAUACAUUGUGCUCGUCCAGCCACCGCAAUCCAAUGCUAGCGAAGACGUGCACCGUCGCUGGCACGAGUCUUUCUUGCCGAGCACGCUCACCGGCGGCUCCAGCGAGACACGCCUCCUUCACUCCUACACCGAGGUCUUCAGUGGCUUCGCCGCGAGGCUCACCGAGGCCGAGGUCGACGCCGUGGCCAAGAAGCCAGGCUUCGUGCGCGCGUUCCCGGACCGGAAGCUGCAGCUCGCCACCACGCACACGUCCGAGUUCCUCGGGCUGAAGAAUGGCACCGGGAUCUGGAGCAGCGCCGACUACGGCAAGGGCGUGAUCAUCGGCCUGCUCGACUCCGGCAUCUAUGCGGAGCAUCCUUCCUUCGAUGAUCACGGAGUCCCGCCGCCUCCGGCUAGAUGGAAGGGCUCGUGCAGCGCCUCCCGGUGCAACAACAAGCUCAUCGGCGCCAAGUCGUUUGUUGGAGGUGACUCCGGCGAUACGGUGGGCCACGGAACGCACACCUCGUCCACGGCCGCCGGGAACUUUGUCACCGGUGCAUCCUACAAGGGCGUGGGCGCAGGCACAGCGGCUGGAAUUGCACCUGCCGCCCACAUCGCCAUGUACAAGGUGUGCAGCGACGAGAACUGCGACUCAUCGGCCAUAUUAGCCGGCCUCGACGAGGCCGUCAAGGACGGGGUGGACGUGGUCUCGGUGUCUCUCGGAGGCGACGCGAGGAUCAGCUUCGAGCAAGACCCCCUCGCACUCGGCGCCUUCAGAGCCAUAUCAAAAGGCAUCACCGUGGUGUGCGCCGCCGGCAACAACGGCCCCACGCCGAUCAGCGUCACCAACGACUCGCCAUGGGUGCUCACGGUCGCCGCCGGCUCCAUGGAUCGGAGCUUCGCCGCCAGCGUGUAUCUUGGCGAUGGCAGGCGCAUCAACGGCGAAGCGCUCAACCAGCUGGCGACGAAGACGAGCUCACCAAAGCGGCACCCUCUGCUCUACUCCGAGGUAGAACAUUCCUGCCAGUUCGCCGGUGACUUCGGUUCUGUCCCCGGGAAGAUCGUGGUUUGCCUGGCCACCAACACGAGGGAGCAGGUGUCCCAAAUUCAAAGCGUAAUGGAUGCUGGUGCCGCCGGCGUUAUCCUCUACAACCUGGGAGACAUCGGCUACACCACCAUCGUCAGGGACUACAACUCCAGCGUGGUGCAGGUGACCUCCGCCGACGGGGCCGUCCUCAUGGACUACGCGACGUCGUCAAAGAACAACACGACGCCGUCUGCCUCCGUCACAUACAACAACACGCUGCUCGGCGUGCGUCCAGCGCCGGUCGUGGCCUUCUUCUCUUCCCGGGGUCCGAGCGCCCUCGCCCCGGGCAUCCUCAAGCCGGACGUACUGGCGCCGGGGCUCAACGUCCUCGCGGCAUGGCCCCCCAAGACGACGGACUCCGCGUCGUCGGGGCCUUUCAAUGUCAUUUCGGGCACGUCCAUGGCGACGCCGCACGUCAGCGGCGUCGUGGCGCUGCUCAAGAGCCUGCAUCCUGACUGGUCCCCCGCCGCCAUCAAGUCCGCCAUCCUCACAACCUCCGACGCCGUCGACAAUGCUGGUGGCCCCAUCUUGGACGAGCAGCACGGGAAAGCCAACGCGUGCGGGAGAGGCGCCGGCCACGUGAACCCUGUCAAAGCUGCUGACCCUGGCCUUGUCUACGACAUCACCGCCGAUGAGUUCGCCGGCUACAUCUGCUGGCUCCAGAGCACCCACGCCAACGCAACCAGUACUCCGCUGGACUCGACCUUGCCAUGUGCGACUCUGCCCAAGAUCACGACAGAGCAACUCAACUACCCGACCAUAACCGUCCCGCUGAGGCCAACAACGUUCACCGUGAACCGCACGGUGACCAACGUUGGCCCGGCGGAAUCCACCUACACAGCGAAGGUGGAAGCGCCAUCAACACUGACGGUCCACGUCUCCCCGGAGACGCUCUCCUUCUCCAAGGCCGGCGAGAAGAAGACGUUCAGCGUAUCGGUGAGCGGCCACGGCGUGACCGGACAAGAUCUCAUCGCGGAGGGAAGCCUGAGCUGGGUGUCCGAGAAGCACGUCGUUCGAAGCCCCGUCGUCGCCGUGGUCGAUGUCGGCAGCCCUCCUCAUGUGUCUUCCCCGCCUGGCAAGACGUCCACGCAGCAUUGA